CCCUGAUUCCUUUUGAAAACUUUGUAGACCCAAAUGGGAGACAGCCAUGAGGACACAGACUGUUGUCAGGCCUGUGAUGCUGUAGCUGGUGGCUCCUCUGCCCUUCCAGUUAUUCCCAAUGAUGUUCAUUUGGUACCCGUGCUGGUGAGUGGAAAAGAGACUGAGCAGCUUUAUUUCUGGGAAUCUGAAUCUUCUCUUCAUGCUCAAAACUUUAAUUGGAGUGAUGGUGGCAAAGGUUGGGCACCUGAAGAUUACCAGGAACCAUCCUGGGGUGUGGAUAAAGCUAAAAAGUGUGGCAGUGCUUCAGAACCUGAGAGAAAUUUGGUGCUGUCUGAUUCCUCGUUUCAUUCUCACUAUUCUUCUGAUCGAGAUCCUGAUAGUGGAAGAGUGUUGGAAUGCCGUUCUUCUUCAUCAAAGUGUCAUCGUAACAGUGAUUCAAAGCAUUCUAGUACACAAAGGACCAUAAAAUGUUUGAGAAGCCCUCUGAGGCAAGGCCGUCAUUUAAGAUCCCCUCUGAGACGAAGGUGGCAUUCAAGAUCCCCAGUGAGGCGAGACCGCACCCAUUCCCAGGACUCAAACAGAUCAUCUGGGGAGAGAGAGAUAACCAGGACAGAUUAUUGCUGUAAAUGUCACUGUAAGUGUUGCCAGAAUCCAUCCCCAGAGAGGUUCCAGGAGAGAGAGCUUCCCCACUCUUAUUCAGCUCAUAAAAUGCAUCGCUACCAUCCCUCCAAAGAAACCAGCAAAUCCUACAGAACAUCAUGUUCCUACUCUCCAGAGAACUCUAUGAUGACAAGAAAAAAGAAAUCAACGCACCAUGAAAAAACAAAAAAAGGGAGAUCAACUUCAGUGAAACAAAAAGGGAGAUCAGCUUCAAUGAAACAAAAAAAGUCUUCCAAGGUAACAGGGAAUGGUGGAAAAGUCCUAGCUCCUCUAAAUCAUGAUGCUGCUUUAGCUAUUGAAACAUCCAUUCCAGCAGAGACUACAGAAAACUUUCAGUCUGCAAACACAGAAGCAUAUGAGUCGGUCCAACUAGCACCCAGCAGUGAAGACACAGGCUUUCCUCACCAACCCUGUGCUGAGAAGGAAACUGGCACUUCAGCUCCAUCCAAGAUUGUUGAGGACCCUCGUUCUGUGGCUGUGCUAACAAAAAGGAACCAGAUCGAACAGGAUUAUCUACAGGUUGUUCUCAAUUUUGCUGUGGUGGCCACUUUGCUGUUGCAGAAGGAGCCCUGCAUGGAGCAGGCACUGGAAGUAGCACUGCGCACCAAUAUAAGAUGUGUUGGGGACUACUAUGAAAGCAAGCUGAAGAAUUUCAUUGACAACUAUGACUUAUCUGAGACCCCCUGAAAGGCAUAAUGAGAAGAUCUGAUGGUCAGUGUGGCCAAAGCCUUUUGGAGGACAGAAUCAGUGGGGUGGGAAAUUGCAGGAGGUUUUUAUUUUAACUAAAAGGUUAUAUAAGGCUCCUCUGUGAAAUGGAGUAGAGAUGAGAAGCCCCCGAGUUCAGGUUGCAGCAGUUAGAGGUUGUGGAGGCAGUGGGUGAAAGUCUUGGGACCCUUGUUGCUGGGAUGGGGGAAAGAAGAUCCGUCUUUCGUACAGAAGUGUUGUGGCAGGUUCUUGGGACAUGUUGACUUAAGGCUUUUGGAGAGGCCAGUAACUCCUAUACAGGAGUAAUUGGGAUUAGAGUAGUAAACUGAUUCUGGCGUUCUGCCCCUGCAUAUAUACACACAAACACACGCUUUUGCAAAUAAUAAAAUUUGGAAACAACG